UUUGGGAUUAUAAGUAAGAAAAAAUGUUGAACAGGAGAGGAUCCUAACUCAGUGUGUGAACGUUCCAAAACAAAAAUCAGCAUCAUACAAUAAUUUGAAACAGUCUUUACCCUAAAUUAAGAAAAAGAGAAAAAAUAGUAACAAAAAUCUCCACAUCUUCAAGAACAGAUUAAGGCAAACAAUAAAAAUGGGUGCUUCACAUUCCAUCUCUGAAAAUUCAAUCUAUGAAUUCACAGUUAAGGAUGCAAAGGGAAGAGAUGUGGACCUCAGCAGUUAUAAGGGAAAAGUUCUUAUUGUAGUUAAUGUUGCUUCAAAAUGUGGAUUUACCAAUGUCAAUUAUACCCAGUUAACUGAGCUUUACAACAAAUACAAGGAUAAAGGACUUGAGAUAUUGGCUUUUCCAUGCAAUCAAUUUUUGAGCCAAGAGCCUGGAAGUAGCCAUGAUGCAGAGCAAUUUGCAUGUACAAGAUUCAAAGCUGAGUAUCCAAUUUUUGGAAAGAUACGUGUGAAUGGAUCCGACGCAACACCUCUUUACAGAUUCCUUAAAGAUAAGAAAUCUGGUUUUCUGGGAUCUAGGAUAAAGUGGAAUUUCACCAAGUUUUUGAUUGGCAGGGACGGGCAGGUGCUCCAGCGUUAUGGUCCAACCACCUCACCAUUUUCCUUUGAAAAUGACAUCAAGAAGGCCUUGGGAGUGGCUUGAAAGGAUUUACAAUCGCUUCGGCUUCAAAUUAUCGUGCGUGUAGAAGAUAAUAAUGAUAACAAAAUGAAUGUAUAUUUUGUAGAUGUUUCUUCUUCUAGUGAUUAUUUAUUGCAUAUGUUAUGUCUAGGGGUCCUGUUUGGCUCAAACUGUUGUGUAUCAAAAAUUCUCUUUUGGCCUUGUGAGUAAUUCUUUAUUUAAAAAUAUUGAUUAGUGUUUUGAGCUGUUAUUUGUUUAUAGAAACACAUAAACAGGAAUGUGAAUUACAUUUGGCUGGUAAAUGCAAUAGCUAUUCUAUUUUUCUCA